AUAUGGUGGAAGGGCGAUAUGAAUGCGACGCAAAGUGUAUCGAUAGCUCGUUCGAGGCUUGAACGCGGUGACACGAGUUCAGAAAAGAGGGGCGAGAAGAGAGUCAUUUCAAAUGAAUCAGGUUCUGUCCGCCUGGAUGAUGCGGUAAGCUCGAGAAACAAAAUGGGAGAGAAAGAAAUGAAAAUGGCUCAACCGGUGCUGUUGCCGGAACAACUCCAUCGACUUCCUGGAGAAGAGAGCGGGAAGGAGAAGGAGGAGGUUGUUUUUACACCGCUGACAUCGAUGUACUGCUGUCUUCGCAAGGUGGCCGAAAAGCGGUUUGUGAUGUUCAGCGGGUACAUCACCAUUAAAUGA